UGCGCGCUCCCGCAACACCAGGAAAUAUGGCGGCGCUCAUGACGCUCAGUCAGCUAUCGAGUGGAAACCCAGUAUAUGAAAACUUGUAUAGGCAGCUCGAUCCAGGAAACACAGGAAAAAUAUCAGCUGGCGAUGCAGCUCAGUUCCUUAAGAGGUCAGGUUUGUCUGACAGCACGCUGGGGAAGAUUUGGGAUUUGGCAGAUUCAGAACGAAGAGGCUACUUGGAUAAACGGGGUUUCUUCGUAGCUUUGAGACUGGUUGCUUCAGCGCAGGGUGGAAAUGACAUCAGCCUUAAUAACCUCAACCAAAACUUAGCAGCGCCCAAAUUUAGAGAUACGAGCAGCCCAUUAUUAACCGUUUCAGCACCAGCAUCUGACUCACAAUGGGCAAUACGGCCUGAUGAAAAAGGAAAGUUUGAGGGAAUUUUUGAGAGUCUGUCUCCGGUCAAUGGCCUUCUCCCCGGUGAAAAAGUCAGGCCAGUUUUGAUCAACUCCAAGCUACCUCUGGAUGUAUUAGGAAAGAUUUGGGACCUAAGUGAUGUGGACAAAGAUGGAUACUUGGACAAAGAGGAGUUCAUAGUGGCCAUGCAUCUUGUCUAUCGCGCCAUGGAGAAGGAUCCUGUCCCAACCACCUUACCCACAUCCCUCAUCCCCCCUUCCAAAAGGAAAAAGUCUGCGGUUGGUCUUCCAGGUGCCGUGGCCGUGCUCCCUGCCUUGUCCGGUCUUACGCCGGGCUCGACUCCGCUCAAAGAGACCCUCCGUAGCACUCCUCCUCUGAGUAGCACCACUCCCCUCAUCCCCAGCGCUGUCAGCCUUUCUCCACAACACUCCUUCAAGUCCCCCUCACAGCCUUCGGUGAACUGGGCCGUCCCGGUGGCCGACAGAGAGCGAUACGACGAAAUCUUCAGGAAAACCGACAGCGACAACGACGGCCUCGUCACGGGCGGCGAGGUCAUCGAGAUCUUCAUGCAGUCGUCUCUCAGCCAGACCAUGCUCGCUCAGAUAUGGGGCCUCGCUGACACCAAGCAGACCGGGAAGCUGUCCCGGGAGCAGUUCUCUGUGGCCAUGUAUCUCAUUCAGCAGAAGGUCAAGAAAGGCAUCGACCCUCCCUCCACCCUUCCUCCAGAUCUGAUCCCCCCAUCAGAAAGGACAGCAGCGUCGGGGCUUCAGAACUAUGCCGGCCUCAUGUCUUCUGUGAGACCGGAACUUGUGGCACUAGCUAAUAUACGCAGAGACAGUACCAGCUCCACGGGGUCGGUGGAGCUGACAGGCAUCAAAGAGCUGGAUGACCUCAGCCAGGAAAUAGCUCAGCUGCAGAGAGAGAAAUUCAUCCUCGAGCAGGAGAUAAAGGAAAAGGAGGAAACCAUCAGACAAAAAAACAGCGACGUUCUGGACAUGCAGAAUGACUUGGACAGGGAGAGCAGCAAUCUGCAGGACCUGGAGUCACAGAAGCAGGAUGCCCAAGAGCGUUUGGAGGAGAUGGACCAGCAGCGCUCCAAGCUGGAGGGAAUGCUGAACGACGUGAAGCAGAAGUGCCAAGAGGAGUCCCAGAUGAUCUCGUCCCUUCAGAGCCAGAUCCGCUCUCAGGAGACCGACCUCCGCAGCCAGGAAGACGACCUGAGCCGCACCAAGGCCGACCUGAGCCGGCUGCAGGAGGAGGAGGCCCAGCUGGAGCAGAGCCUGCUCUCGGGCCGCGUCCAGCUGGACAGCAUCAUUAAAUCACUCAAAACCACCCAGGAGGAGAUCAACCAGGCUCGCGGUAAGCUGUCUCUGAUCCAGGACAGCCAAAAAGAGAUGAGCAAAACCAUCGAGGAGUACAACAACGCUCUGAGUGACAUGAACGGGGGGAAUUUCAGCGCCCUGCCAGACUUAAGUGAGGGCUUCGCUCAUAAGGAGAACGGAGGCUUCAGAGCUGCGGAUGACUCUUUCAAAUCAAGGAUAGCCAUGUUUAACAACAACAGUGUUAAGGAGGCUCCAGUCGACCCCUUCAAGACAGAAGACCCCUUCAAAUCGGAUCUGUUCCAAGAUCCAUUUGGAGGCGACCCCUUCAAAGAAAGCGAUCCCUUCAAAGGCACCUCAUCAGAAGACUUCUAUAAGAAGACCGACAAGUCAGACUUGUUUGGAUCCGCAGACCCCUUUGGCAGAAAACCCACGCCGCCAGUCAAGCCCAGUGCCUUCAGCAGUGACCCUUUCUCAUCCAACAGCACUAAACAGAAUUCAGAUUUGUUUGGGAAAGCGGACCCCUUCGGAAGCAAGGGCGGCGGAUUCGCUGACUUCAGUCAAAUGUCGAAGAAGUCGGACAAUCCUUCGCUUCCAUCAAAGAAGAGUGUGCCUAACCGGCCUGCGCCGCCCUACGGUGCGCCGGGUUUGAGCGCAGCCGAGCCGCCCCAGAGCGUCUGCUCCACAGACCCCUUUGUUUCCAAAGCGUCCAGAGACUGUCCUGUGGGUUUUGCAGACUUUGGCUCUUUUGGAAGUGAGAGUCAGCAGCUGGAGUGGGCCAAGCGGGAGAGCGAGCGCGAGGAGCAGGAGAGGCUGAGGAGGCUGCGGCUCCAGGAGCAGCAGGACCUGGAGCUGGCCAUCGCUCUCAGCCGAGCCGACAUGCCCAACGCCUGAGCCGGGCCGCCACCCCCCCCCCCCCACCCCAACGCUCCGCACGCAGCCUCCCGUCCUCUCCCUUCACCACGCCGGCCCCGACGCGACCAGCCAGCCCCCUGUUUCCAAUUUGCGUCAAGCGAGCGGCGUCUCCGAAAAGCGCCGACUGGACCCCGUGGCACACGACUCCGCAUUUAGCAACCGGUCAAGGUUGAUUGCUCCCAAAACUACACGGCAACUAUAAUCAAGGACAAUACGGAGCCACUUAAUUUGAGCCUGCGCUUCAUCCUGCAAGAACAUGGUGAUUCAGCGCAGCCCAAACCUGCAGGCUUUACUUUACUGCAACCUUUAUCCAGCUACUUGUUAUCUAAUCAACCUGCCUUAUCCUAAAGCAUGAUUGUUGGAGUGGAGAACUUUUAAGAAUGUUUUACAGUUUAAUUUAUAAACACGAGCAGUGAGUCAGGAGUGUAUGGAGCAAAAUGCACUGCAAAACUUUUUAUAUAUAGUCUUCAAUUACUCCCAGAAAUACAAAAUGAAAGUCCAACUGCGCAGGCUAACUACUGUGUUGGCGUAAGAUUGAGUUUGUGUCAUAAUAAAUGUGUCUGUGUUUUUUUUUUGUCUUUUUUUUUUUUUUUUUUUAAACAAACACGCGCUGUAGAUAUUUCUAGGUGAUGUUUUAACGUACGAGAUUUGGAGCCUGUCUGUAGAAACAAACCUGUCAUAAAGGACUGGAGCUCAGCGAUCCGAUCAUCAGUAGCAUGAUUUAGAUUCUUAUCUCAAAAAAUGUAACAAGUGCUUUUGACGUUUAUGCCUUAUUAUGUACUGUUUCUGCCGUUUGCGGUGCAUGGAUGGAAAGGGAUUUCGGACAACAGUGGAAGCCCGACGUUGCUCGCGAUAAUCAUUCAGGUCUUCCUCCCUCCGAGCUGGAGCUGCGUCCUCCCAGGGUGCCGUUUACCACCCUCUGAUGUCAGCAGCUUGUGUUUGCUUCAUGAUUGGUAGCCUUCUCUUAACACCCACUUGGACUGUUGCACAAGUGAAGCCUCUAAAAAUGGAGAAAAACAUGUAAACCUACAUUUACACUGGUGCUGUUACACUCUGCUCCCCCCUCUUUUACUCUCCCAGUGGUGCACAGCUCUGUGUGCUUCCAGCUUUUUCCUCUUUUAACUUAAAUCAACUGUUGGAUCUUAUUUCUUUUUUCCUUUUUUUUUUUUUAAUAUAUAGUUCCUGUGGACUUUUGUCUUAUGAUCCAGUCGGAGGGCAUUUCUUCACACGCCUUAAAAUAUUGCAUUUAUGUAAUUGUUCAACACUAAUCAGGUUUAUUUGGCACAUAUGAUAUGAACUCUAUUUUCCAGAGCUUCCUGGACGUGUGCAGAAUGACGGCGACUUAUUUAUCAACAUAUCAAUACUGUAACAUGUUACACUGCACAGUAUGUAUGUGAUUAUAAUAAAAUCAUGAGUUUUGUGCUCUAAAAACUAACAAGCUGUAGUUCAAUAAAAUGUGUUUUUUUGUUUUUUUAACAUUCCUGG